GCCACCCGUUCGAUCGCGAUAAAUUGCCGCGCGGACGAUAAAAAUAAAUCGGCGAGAACGCGCCUUUAUUUUUUUUUUUUACAUAAAUUAUAGACGUAAUUGCCGAGGAUGGAUAUGUUUUGCGAGACGUCUCGAAAUGAAGUAUUUUCCGAAGCCUCGAAGAGUAAAAACCACGCGAUUACUGAUCGUAAUAUAGGAUGCCUCUGGGAUAUCUGACUGAACUUUAGUAACGAGUCAUAGUCCUCGAUAAUCUGAUAUGAAAAGAUUACAAUUAUCUCGCAAAAAUGGCGCUGUGGUUGAAAGCACAGCAACUGUCGCAAGAUUCGUUGCAAAAGGUGCGCAAUAUAUAUGGAGAACAUUUUCCGAUUGAAGUGAGACACUUCUUGUCAUCAUGGAUAGAAGAGAAGAUGUGGAAUAACAUAGAACCGGAAAACCCACAAUUUGAGCAUUAUGUAAACAACUUUGUCGGAUCACUAAUACUCGAGUUAGAAUCAAAAGCAAACACUCUUACCACCGAAGACAUGUUUGUAACAAAGAUGAAAUUGAUAGAGGCUGCUACCAUGUUUCGACAAAGAUACAGCGAAAAUCCAGUGUCACUAUACAAAAUAAUUAGACACUGUUUGGGCACGGAAAUGAAAUUGGUCGCAGAAGCCGAACAUUUAGGAGGUUUAAUAAGCAGUGACAGGGUCAAUUUAAUGAUAGGCGACACGGUUACGGAAAUAGCUCAUCAGGUCGAUAUAUUACGGCGAAAGACAUACGAGACCGGAGAGGACUUACGAAAGAUAGAACAGGAGCAGGAGUCUUUCGCUCUUAGUUAUCACGAGUGUACGAAACUGAAUGCCCAUUUGCAACAUAUCGCGAUGCAAGUGCAGAAUCAGCAAAAUAUGGAGUUAGAGAAAAAGAUUAGAAGACAAAAAGAACAGCAAGAUUUGCAAUUGAGUCAGAAAGUAAACGGUGUGGUCCGUCUACGUUUGAUGCUCAUGGAAAAAUUGGAUGAUAUUAUCAAGAAAUUGAAUAUUUUACAAUCGAGAAUUCUCGACGAUGAACUUAUAAGGUGGAAGAGAGAUCAGCAAUUGGCAGGUAAUGGUGCAAAUUUCGCAUCCAACAAUUUAGACUCCAUUCAGGAAUGGUGCGAAAGCCUCGCUGAGCUAAUCUGGCAGACGCGGCAACAGAUUAAGGAAGCGGAACGUUUGAAGCAAAAGUUCCAAUGUGAACCGCCAGGCAUUCGAGAUACUCUUCCGAGUUUGAACACUCAAAUUACACAAUUUCUCAGUUCGCUUGUUACAAGUACCUUUAUUAUUGAAAAACAACCACCGCAAGUCAUGAAGACCAACACUCGUUUUACGAGCACGGUUCGUCUUCUUGUCGGUGGUAAAUUAAACGUUCACAUGACACCGCCACAGGUAAAAGUGAGCAUAAUUAGCGAAACGCAGGCAAACGCUUUGUUGAAGAGCGAGAAAAUGGCUAAGUGCGGUGAGGUCAGCGGCGAGAUUUUGAAUAAUACAGGCACAAUGGAAUAUCAUCAGGCGACGAGGCAACUCUCGGUGAGUUUCCGCAACAUGCAACUGAAGAAGAUAAAGCGCACAGAGAAGAAGGGUACAGAAUCCGUGAUGGACGAGAAAUUUUCAUUACUGUUUCAAUCACAAUUUUGCGUUGGCGGGGGCGAACUAGUAUUUCAAGUCUGGACUCUAAGUUUGCCCGUGGUCGUGAUAGUACACGGUAAUCAGGAACCACAUGCAUGGGCCACGGUCACUUGGGACAACGCGUUUGCCGAGCCAGGUAGGCAACCGUUCCAAGUACCGGAGAAAGUGCCGUGGGGACAAGUGGCCGAGGCGUUGAACAUGAAGUUCCGCUCGGCGACCGGCCAUCCUUUGACCGAGGACAAUCUUCGAUUUCUCGCGGAAAAGGCAUUCCGAAGCAACGGCAAUUCAGUCCAGGAUUAUUCGAACAUGCUGUUGAGCUGGGCGCAGUUCUGUAAAGAACCAUUACCCGAAAGAAACUUCACCUUUUGGGAAUGGUUUUACGCCGUCAUGAAAUUGACUAGAGAGCAUCUGAGGGGUCCGUGGAUCGACCGGUACAUCCUUGGUUUCAUCCGAAAGAAACAAGCGGAAGAGAUGCUAGCGAACUGCACGGUUGGCACUUUCCUGAUGCGUUAUUCCGAUUCAGAACUCGGCGGUAUUACCAUCGCUUGGGUUGGUGGAGAUCAAUCAACAGAUCAUGUCUUCAUGUUACAACCGUUUACUAGCAAAGACUUUGCUAUUCGAAGUUUGGCCGAUCGUCUUGCCGAUAUGCAACAUUUACAGUAUCUCUAUCCAGACAUUAGCAAAGAUACGGCCUUCGGCAAAUAUUACACUCCAUUCACUGAUAACCAAACUCAAACGUCAAACGGGUAUGUCAAGCCAUAUUUAGUAACGCACGUGCCAGGUUGGCCUGCUCUGUCCAGUAUCGGUGGUCAAACGCCAUCGCAUUCAUCCGUAACAGGCAUGAGCAACAACGGUCAGAGUGGCCCGGGCGGAAGUUACCCUGCUACACCGCAGACCGUAUUUCCACCGCACAGUCCGCCAGAUCCAUCCACGCGGGACACGCCAUCCGUAGCAUCAAGCUACGCUCCGGGUCUCGGCCAGUCAGGCGUUGGGCAGCCAGGUUCGGACAUGGACUACAUGGAGACAAUCAUGGGUAACAACGAAUUGCCGAUCGACGAAAAUCUCAACUUGGAUCACUUGAACAACUUCGGCUUCGACUUCAUGCAGUACAACCAAUCUACCAAGCUGCAAUAGGAGGUAUGCCUAUACGGGUAUGCACCGUCGUUCUCGAGUACGAUGGCACAUCCGUGAUGACCGCCAUUGCAGGUCUCCCCCGAUCUUUCUCCGAUCUCUAUUUAUCAGUCAUGCCGAAGCGCACCGGAGGCAAUCGAAAAUGUAUCGCGAAUUGUUAACAGGGGAGGGAUAUUAAUGUAUCCUAGAAUGGUACAAUUAUAUAUACAUUUCUUUUUCUCUCUCCUUUUAUAAAAAAAAACCAUAGCCAGUGUUUUGUAGUUACGAAUUGGCUUUCUUAUCUUUAGAAGAUUAUAGAAAGAUCAAGUUGUUAUCACUUUUAUCUAAUAUGAUAUAUAUGUAAUAUAUCUCUGUUGAUCUUGUUCUCUUAUACUCAAGUUGCAAUGACCGAGCAAUACCUACAUCCGAGAGUUCUUAUGUAUUGAUACGUUGAUGCGACUCAUGGCUAAAUAGAUACGAAGAUAUUCGUAUCUAUUUAAUGAGUUGACCAAUCGUUACAACAAAAAUUGUGAUUUUUCGUCAAUAUAAUUUUUUUGAAAUGAAAAAAAAGCACAAGCGGUUUUUAGAUCCAUUGUUUCUAUAUUCUAAAUUUAUAUUUAUCAAUUCUUUUCUAGUAAACAACUACAAAUUGUAUGUUUUUUUAUAUUCGUUUCCAUUGACAAUUUGAUUAAUUUUCAAGUCCUUUCUUUAAGUUCUUUGUAUCUAUCUUUUUUUUGUAACGUUUAUCAUUAUAAUUUAAGUUCUUACACGAUGUAAAAGAGACUUAGUACAAAGAUUUAUAUAUUAUUGUCUAUAACAUGUGAAGUGCUAGAAGAGAGCAUAUGUAAUUAUAAAUAGAAUUGUAUGUCGCUUGUGAAUAGCAGAUUAAGCUACUAAGCAAAUAUCUAUAUUACAUAUGUAGAAUUACAUAUACAGAUUGAUAUAACAAUUAUUUUUGUUAAACAAUUAGAUCGUUUUAUAGAGAACAUUUUAGCGAAAUACUAUAAAUCAUGUUAUUUCUUUUUCUUUUUUUAAAUAAUAAUUUGUAUAAUUACGAUAUUGUGGUUACAAAUUGAUUUACGUUUUUAGAGGAUUAUAAAAAAAAAGCAAAAUUAUUGCUUGCCUAAUUCAAAUGUUUAGGAUUAGAUAAUGAUAGAGACUCGUUAAAGAGAAAUUUUUAAAGCAUACAAACAAUGCAUAGACCAUCAUUUCCAUGAUCACCUAGUCAAAUUGCCAUUUAUACGCAUUUUGGAUUUUGGAAAUAUAGAGCAGCCAUGGAAAACAGGAGACCGAUUAAAUUUUUUUUAUGUUGUCGUAUUUUAUUUGUUCAGUUAAACAGAAAAGUAAUGUUAAAAGGAAUGAUAGCGCGUGUUACGUAGAUGUAAAAGUGCAUUGUGUGAUGUGACCUAAAAUAAGUGCCUUGCGCAUUUUUAAACUUUGUAUUCUAUAAUUUUUCGGCAAGUUCUGCAAAGAUCUCGUCGAUUUAAGAUUAUAUUGUUUUAACUAAUUUUUAAGAAAUUUUUUUUUAUUUCAGUGAUAUCUUAAAUUUCUUGGACUUCUAUAGUAUUUCGUCGGGAGAUAAGUUGUCUCUGAAAAAUAAUUUAGAAUGUCCUUGUGAAGAUUCUUUAGAUUGUGAAAUCUUAACAUCAACUUUUAGAAUUAUUUUUAGAAUUAAGGAAUAUUUUUAGAGAUAUAAGACAGAGAGAAGGGAAAAAGUAAGGAGACUAAUUUUCUUAGAGUUUAUAUAAAAAAAUCUCCUUACUUUUUAACUUAAAUCAACUAUAAUAACUUUAGAUUAUUAUAGUUUAUUAAUUAUUAUGGUGCCCUAUUCCCUCCCCUGUAUGUUUUACGAUUACGUAUGUUACACGUGACACGUAUGUUUAAAUGCGUACAUAAUAAAGUACAUUGUAGAACAA